CUAACUUGACUCGGGUCCCAAGUUGCGUGAGGGAGGCAGACGGGCUGUGCACCGCCAGUAGCUCGGAGACACUUUACCGGAGACACGGUGAAAAGCCAGGGCGUUGAUCUGUCCCACUUCUCCCACCGUCUCAAUCAGGGACUUGUGUGUUUGGCUCUGAUAAUCGGUGCUAUUCGGACUGUCGGAUACCUGAUGUUGCGUAUGAGCGCACAGUGAGCAGGACCUCUCCCUAAGAAGGUUGGGAUUCACCCUGCUGCAGUCAUACCCUAUUGGGGUAAAAACCUGGAUGAAGAUGGAGUCAUUUAUCCUCUGGAGAACUGUCCCCAUCUUCCUCUUACUUCCCACUGUCCAGUGUUCAGAGAGUCAGUCCCAGACUGCAGUGUUCCUGCCAGAGUUUGCCCUCUUACCUCAGGGCAGCUUUAUGGAGGAUGCCACAGAGGAUCAGUUUCUAACCUACAGAUACGACGACCAGGCGUCCAGGACGACCCGCUCAGAUGAAGACGGAGACAUUGGUUGGGAUGCCUGGGGUCCCUGGAGUGACUGCUCUCGAACUUGUGGAGGAGGGGCCUCCUAUUCUCUACGACGCUGCCUCAGUGGAGGAAGCUGUGAUGGCAAAAACAUCCGCUACAGAACCUGCAGUAACACGGACUGCCCUGUGGAGUCAGGUGAUUUCCGUGCCCAGCAGUGUUCAGCCCACAAUGACAUCAAGUACCAGGGUGUCACUUAUGAGUGGGUCCCAGCACCUUAUGACUCCUCUGCACCUUGUGCACUGCGGUGCCAAGCUAAAGGUGGAGGUCUCACCAUUGAACUGGCCCCUAAGGUGCUGGAUGGGACACGAUGCCGAGCGGACGCCUUUGACAUGUGCAUCAGUGGAAUAUGUCAGGAGGUGGGCUGCGAUCGGCAGCUUGCCAGUGGUGCCAGGGAGGAUAACUGUGGCGUCUGCAGUGGCGAUGGAUCCACAUGUCAGCUGGUACGAGGACAGGCCAUACCCCACCUAACGCCAGAACAAUCUCUGAAGACAGUGUUGGAGGUGCCAGCCGGAAGCCGCUUUCUCAGACUCAAUGCCAAAGGCCCUGAUAUGAUAGUCAUUGAGGCUGUCUCUCUUCAGGGGAGGAGGGAUGAGACCAUUCUGGUGUCUACAGGCUCUUAUGUGAUUGGAAACACCUCCUUGGACUUUCAAAGAGGGGCUGACAGACAGACGCUCAGAACACAUGGGCCACUCAAUUCUGAUUAUAUUAUCAAGAUGAAGUAUGGAGGCUCCAAGGACACAUUGGUUCAGUUUCUAUUUUACCAGCCAAUUAGGUACCAGUGGAGAGAGACUGACUUCUUCCCCUGUUCAGUCACUUGUGGAGGAGGCUAUCAGCUGAACUCUGCAGAAUGCACAGACAUCCGGUCCAACCAGAUCCUGCCUGAACACUACUGUAACAGCUUUCCAGAAAACACCAAACCCACUCCAAAACUCAAAGAGUGCAACAUGGACCCCUGCCCAGAGAGUGAUGGAUUCAAAGAGGUGAUGCCAUAUGAUCACUUUCAGCCUCUACCUCGCUGGGAGCAAGGCCCCUGGACCCAGUGCUCGGUGUCCUGUGGUGAAAGUGGCGGUUGGCAGGAUCGCAGUGUGCUGUGUGUGGAAGAAGACACUCUCGGAUUGUUUUCCCAAGUGGAGGAGUGGAAGUGCACCCACUCUCCUCGACCUGUCACUCGGCAAGUCUGCAACUCCUUUGUCUGCCCCCAGUGGGUGGCGAUGGAGUGGUCUCAGUGCACAGUGACAUGUGGUCACGGCCUGCGUUACCGAGUGGUUCUGUGCAUUGAUCAUCGUGGGCAGCACAUUGGAGGUUGUGACGCAUCACUCAAACCUCACAUUAAGGAAGACUGCCUGGUUCCUAUUGCCUGCCAAAAGCCCAGAGAAUCUCUGCCAGUGGAGGCAAAGGUACCCUGGUUAAAACAAGCCCAUGAACUGGAGUAUCACUACACUGCUACAGAGAACCCCACAUUUGUGCCUGGGCCCUGGUCACCCUGCAGCACUACCUGUGGACCUGGCAAGCAAACUCGGGAGGUGAAAUGUCGGGUUCUGCUUUCUUUCACCAAGACAGAGGUGGAUCUUCCAGAGGGAGAGUGUGUCGAAGACAGGCCCCAGGUGGAAAGGCCCUGCUACCAAGAGUCAUGCACCAGAGUUACAGACAUCUCAUCAGGCCUCCAAACCCAUGCCGCUUCUUUCAUCCAGACUGAGGAACAGUAUAGCUGGGACUAUAGGGGCUUCACUGCUUGCUCAGCCACGUGUGCUGCCGGGAAGCAGACAGCAGUUGUGAGGUGUGUUAACAGGAAGCAAGGUGAGGAAGUGGAGGAUUCUUUGUGUGAUUCAUCCAGCAGGCCCUCGGAAAUGAUCCGCAUCUGUAAUCCUGAGCCGUGCCCUGCAAGAUGGGAGCUAACAGCGUGGACUGGCUGCUCUGCAUCCUGUGGCGUCGGCAUACAGACCAGGAGUGUUUUUUGCAUGCGUCUGUUGUCCAUUGACCAGCAGGAUAUUCUGACUGUUUCAGAGGGAGAGUGCAGGGAUUUCAAACCUGCCAUCCUGCAACCCUGUAACCAAGUGGACUGUCCUCCAGCCUGGGAGACCGAACCUUGGCAGCAGUGCUCCCAGUCCUGUGGUGGCGGCGUCCAGGUGCGGAAGGUCUAUUGCAAGCAGCUCCUAUCCACAGGGGCCUAUAGGAGGCUGGGAGACGGGAUCUGCUGGGGAGUCAAACCUGACACUAACAGAGACUGUAACAAUAUUGACUGUCUCCCUUACAUGGCAGGAGGAGAAUGGGGCAAGUGUUCUGUGUCCUGUGGUUUGGGGAUCCAGCGUAGGGAACCACUCUGUCGCCAGUUAAGGGGCAUGGGCCAACAGGUGACGUUGGCCAGGGAGCUAUGCGUAGGUUUAACCUCUCCGCCUCUGGUACGAACCUGCCGCAUGCUGACCUGUCCCAAGCACAAGAAGAACUUGAGACUCAAAGACACGGAGAAGGUUCAAAUAAAGAACCAAGUAAAGCAGACAGUCAAACAUCGAGCAAAGCCUCGAGGCUAUGAGGAGGGGGUAAAACGAUGUCCGCUGCUCAUGGGCGUGCAUCGCAUCUACAUCCAGACCCGCAAAGAAAAACACCUCCACCUGACUGUUGGAGGCCAUGCCUUCCUUUUACCCAAUACUUCUCUGGUCAUCAAAUGCCCUGUCAGACGGUUCCCUAAAGUCUACAUAAGCUGGCUCAAAGAUGGGAGCCCCCUGCGCAGCUCCAAACACCUCCGCAUCACCAAAUCCGGCUCUCUGAAAAUCCACCUAGUUGGGACACAGGACAUUGGGGUGUACAAGUGUGUUGCUGGACCUGCCUCAGACAUCUUCACCCUCCAGCUGAUAGGUAGUACCAGCAGGUCAACUGACACACUGUCUACUGCCAGUCUUAGUCCCGACUGGGGGGAGAUGUCGCCUAGUUGUCACAGACACUACUCAGACUGGGAGCUGAUCACACCUGAAAUCACUGUGUCUCUGCUGCCCUUUCGUGGACAGCAGGUCUCUCUGCUGCCACGAGUGAAGGAGAGGCUGAUUAAUAUCACACUGCAGGCUGACAGAGGAGAGAUUCAGCAGGAGCAGGCCUCAGAACUCAUCUCCUCACUGCUGACCCACAUGUCUGCUUCCCAGCUCUGGACCACAACUACAAAGGGAGAAGGACAAGAUAAAGACAGACUGCCCAACUGGUCUGAGUACUCUUCAUCUGAGAUGGUUGUGAACAGGCCGCUGAUCAUCAGACAGCAGCAGAGCCUUCCACUGACUUUUCAGAAGAACAUCAACAUCAGUAUCGGACACAGUGCUCUUCUUACCUACGACACACGGUCGCUGACUAUACGCUGUCCUACAGAGGGUUUCCCACCUGCCAAAAUCAGCUGGACCAAAGAUGGAGCUCUGCUACAGCACAAUGACAGGAUAUCCUGGAAUAGUGGAGGCCUUCACAUUAUUCAACCCAGAAUAUCUGACAGAGGCCAGUACAAGUGCACAGCUGUCAACACACAUGGCUCAGACUCAGAGAUAUCUCAAAUACUGCUCCCAGAGCCACCAGUCAUCACAGAGUCACCGAAGAAUGUGUCAGACCAUAGAGUAGUGUCUGGUCGCAGCUUGAGGGCCACGGUUGGGGGACGAGUCAGCGUUCGGCCAGGCAUCAACCUCACUCUUGACUGUCCUGUCACUGGUGUUCCUCAACCCUCAGUGGUGUGGUACUGGAAGAAUAGACCACUGGAUGCCAGUGCUGUUUCCCUGCCAUCUGGCUCACUGUGGCUCAGAAAUGUGUCUCUGCAUAACCAAGGCGCCUACUCCUGCAUUGCCGCUAACACAGUAGGGAAGGCCACUGCCUCUAUUGUUCUGCAGGUCUACAGCCAAGAUCCAGCUGGAGGAAGCAGUUUUCUUCAAGUCUCACAAGAGCCGGACAAGAGACGGAUCCUCAUGGCAUCACGCCAUGGAACGAGAGUUUCCAUCAGACCUGGAGACUUUCUGCGUAUAGGGUGUCCAGUAGUUCCUGACCACAAAUCGCCUGUGCACUGGAACUACAACAACCAGACACUGAGGGAGGUGUCCGGUCUAGCCCAUGCCCAAGAUCCCGUUCCAGGUCAGAGUCUGCAGUAUAGGAUGCUGGUGGGAGGUCGAGUCCUUGAGGUCAGCACGCUCCAGGUCAAGUUCUCAGGCCGGUAUGGGUGCCAGACCUCCAUCAACAGCACCAGGCAAACGCUGUCUGCCUGGAUAGAUGUUCACGCUGAAGAAUUUGCCUGGCAUUUUGGAGGCUGGACCACUUGCAGUGCUUCCUGUGGGAACAGAGGGACUAGGCUGCGGAGGAUUCGCUGUGUCACUCUGGAUGGAAAGGAUGUUCAGCACGCCAUGUGUCAGCACAUACCCAAACCCAUCACCUCCCCAGUCCCCUGCAACAGACAGGACUGUCCUCCCAGAUGGUCGGUAUCGCAGUGGUCAAAGUGCUCGGUGUCGUGUGGAGGUGGCUGGAAACAGAGGCAGGUCUCCUGUCAACAGCUAGAUGCCAGAGGUGCAGUCAGGACUCUAGAAGCAAGUGCCUGUGAGAGGAUGAGCCAGCCUGCAAACACAGAGCAGUGCACUGCCAAUAACUGUCCCAUCUGGGUUACCAGUGCAUGGGGAAAGUGUUCAGGGAUGUGUGCUGACCCCACUACAACUGUACAGAAGAGAUCUGUCAUCUGCCAGCAUACUAAUGGCUCAUCCUACGCAGACUGUGAUCUCAGGAACAGGCCGGUGUCAGUACGCAACUGUUCUUCAGACCUUUGUGAUGUCCAGUGGCGCCCUGGUCCAUGGCGGGCGUGCACAGUUGUCUGUGGGAGUGGCUUUCAGUCUCGCAGGGUGGAUUGUGUUCACCGCAGGAGUGGCAGGACUCUGGCUGACCAGCACUGUGCCUGGCUCCAACGGCCCUCUACCUGGCAGCACUGCAACACCUCCACAUGUGGGAGUGAAUGCAAGGACACCACCCAGUACUGCAGUGUGGUGAAAAGACUAAACCUGUGCCAUGUGGAUAUGUACAAACAGAGGUGCUGCAAGUCGUGCUCACAGGACGUGGACUCCACCUAGUGGCAUAUAACUGUUAUAACCACACAGAUGUACAACUGAUGGGGUAUAUGAGAUGAACGACUGAGCAAAGACUAAGUGGACAUUAUCUGUGAGUGAAUGGUUCAAAAACUUCACCUGUAAAAUGUACAAGCUGCAGUCUGAAUCUUUGACCUUCUGAAAGGAAACUGAACGAAGCUUCACCAAAAAAGAAAAAAAGGCAAUGGAAGGAUGAUGGUAUGGAUGCUGUAUUUCCUGAUUUGGACCCAAUCUCCUAAUAUAAUAUGAAGUCACGUGUUCACUAUGUGGAUCAAAUUGAGUUUUGACUUUCCUGUGAGAUCAAUCAAUCCCUGGUCAAAUACAAUACUCAGACUGAUACAUCGGUUUGCCAGUAUUAGCUUUGAUUAGUGACCAGCCAAUAUGGUUAUUUACUGCUGAUAGAAGUGGGGUUUGUGAUAUCAACUUGCAGGCAUUAAAUUUCUUUUUUUAAAACUCCUAUUUAUUUAUUCUUGUAAUUGUUCACAGGUGUUUUUAUUCUUUUAAAAAUGAAAUUCUUGGGUCUAAUUCUUCACAUACAGUAUGUUAUAAUUUCUUCUCCCUGAAGAAAUUGCUGCCUCGUGGGGAUUUGUGGGAAGACAGCAACAUUGUUACGAGAGCCUCUGAAGACAUGAAACACAACGCAGAUUGUAAAAAAGCAAAAGCUGCAUUGUCCAAACUUUAUUAGGAGCUAAAUGUCAGGGUGAGUAGCCCUCAAAUGAUUCUUCAGUUUUAUUAAUAUGCAGAAAUUAUGACUCAUAACUCAUCUUGUAAUUGAUAAUAUCCUUCAGUCUACCACUGACUUGCCCUACCCUGAAAGAGAAAUGGUGUGUGACCUGCUUUAAAGAGCUGCGAACCCGAACGGAACUCAUUUCCCUCUGGGUUCCAGUGUGCCGUGAUACAGUUUUAAAGUUUGGUCGACACACUGAAUUCUUGUUCUUUUUUGACGUGAAAACAGUUAAAAAAGCUACUGACACUAAAACGUCACGACAAAACCCAUGUUUGGUUGCUUAAGUCUAAAAUACAUAUUGACUUUCAAAGCCCUAUAUUUGUCAAAUAUGCCUUAGAAAUUGAAUGUUGCCACUUCAGCAAAACCUUAAAUUGUCCUCAGUGCCGACUUUUUUCUCUCUCUUUUUUUCCUAUUCAGCACCAAUGUUAUUUAAAUGAUCUGCUUCUACACUAUCUGCAAUAUGAGCACAAUUCCUGGGGAUACCAGGCGGGUACAACCAGUAUGUACACAGAAUUAAGCAGCAGAAGUCUGUCUCAAAUAUAAUGGCAAUGUCAGUUCUUGUAUGUGCCUAAAACAGAUUUUAGAUCCUUUAAGACCAGUGGUUCUCAACCCUGUUCCUCCUGACCCACUGCCCUGCAUGUUUUAGAUGCUUCCCUGCUCCAACACACCUGACUCAAAUGAUCAGCUCGUUAUCAGGCUUCUGCAGAGGCUUGAUGACGAGCUGAUCAUUUGAAUCAGGUGUGUUGGAGCAGGGAAGCAUCUAAAACAUGCAGGACAUGGGGUCCUGAGGAACAGGGUUGAGAACCACUGCUUUGAGACCAUUCACUUAUGUGAAGGCACUGGGUUGUGGUUCUUGGCACAUGUCACGAAUGAAAAUAGAGCUGCUGCUGAUUGAGCUUGAGUUGUGGAAGCAUGAUUUUCUAUCUACCAUGUCCAGACAUUCAUCAUAAAAUAGUUUAUUUUUGUUGUUAACCAUGACACUGAAAAAGGUGUUGUAAAAUGAUUUCGACAUUGCGAAAAAAGAACAUGGAGUUAAUAUUCUUGACAUUAAAUACCACAGAAGGAGCUGGCAAAGCAAGACUAAGUUAAAACUGACCCUGAAGUGAGAGGCACCAGCACAACAGCGAUUUAGACAAAGAGAUAUACUCCUGUUACCUUUGUGUUGGUUAUCAUACCAAUGUGCUGCAUUGUAAAAUGUGUUGUAUAUAUUGUGCCUAAGUGCAAUAUCAUGUAUUGAGUGUAUGUAGACUGUGUGACUUUUAUUUUCUUACUUAUUCAUGGGUAAGUUGUCUUUUAAACUCCUGUUUAAGAUGUUACAAUAUAAAACCCUUGUACAUGUUGGUUGGGUAGUGUGCUUGCUACCUGUCACUUGGAUUUAUUUGCAUGUUUUUGAGCGCAUCUCUGAUCUUUAUUGCUUCAUUGUGAAAGACCACUUACGAACAUUCUUUAGUGUUUUUCCCUGGCUGCUGAUGACUUUUCAGUGUAUCAGAUGUGACAGCAUUAUUCCGAUUCUGGACUUCCAGCUUGACUGAAAGAACAUGAAGUAGUACAUCAAAUCAUUAACAUGCUUCAGAUAAUAAUGCAUUUGAAUAAAGACAGUUUGAUCACUUCAUAAAUGUAGACCUAGUUUGUAUGUGUAUUUAUUUAAAAAGGAAGAUGCAUGCAUGCAUGUUUUUGUAACCAGUCAUCACCUAAUAUGCAAAACACAAUGUGUGAUAUGGAAACCUUGAGUGCACAAUGAGGGAUGGUUGCAGUGAGAAGUUUAAACUGAAUGUUUAUCUGUAUGUUUAAAUAAAUAAUCUUAAGUCUC